AAGUCCAACAAAAGAAUGUGUUUCUCUUCCAUUCCAGAAGUCAAUAUGCAGUCUGAAUCCAACAUUACAGUUCGAGAUGCCAUUGAUGACAUCAACACAAAUAUGUACCAGCCACUGUCUUAUCCAUUAAGCUUUCAAGUUUCCCUCACUGGAUUUCUGAUGUUAGAAAUUGUAUUAGGACUUGGCAGCAACCUCACCGUAUUGGUACUUUACUGCAUGAAAUCCAACUUAAUCAACUCUGUCAGUAACAUUAUUACAAUGAACCUUCAUGUCCUUGAUGUAAUAAUUUGUGUGGGAUGCAUUCCUCUAACUAUAGUUAUUCUGCUGCUUUCACUGGAAAGUAACACUGCACUGAUCUGCUGCUUCCAUGAGGCUUGUGUCUCCUUUGCAAGUGUUUCCACUGCAGUCAAUGUCUUUGCGAUAACUUUGGACCGAUAUGAUAUCUCUGUGAAACCUGCAAAUCGGAUUUUGACAAUGGGAAGGGCUGUGAUGCUCAUGACAUCAAUAUGGAUUGUCUCUUUUUUCUCAUUCUUGAUUCCAUUCAUUGAAGUAAAUUUCUUCAGCCUUCAAAGUGCCAAUACUUGGGAAAAUAAGACACUCUUGUGUGUCAGUACAAAUGAAUACCACACGGAACUGGGAAUGUACUACCACCUUUUAGUACAGAUUCCUAUAUUUUUCUUCACCAUUAUAGUAAUGCUAAUUACAUAUAGCAAAAUACUCCAGGCACUUAAUAUCCGAAUAGGGACAAGGUUUUCCACAGGACAGAAGAAAAAAGCAAGAAAGAAAAAGACAAUUUCUUUGUCCACACAACAUGAAACAACUGAUGUAUCACAAAGCAGUGGAGGAAGAAAUGUCGUCUUUGGUGUAAGGACUUCAGUUUCUGUUAUAAUUGCCCUUCGGCGAGCUGUAAAGCGACAUCGUGAACGACGGGAAAGACAGAAGAGAGUCUUCAGAAUGUCCUUGUUGAUCAUUUCAACUUUUCUUCUCUGCUGGACACCAAUUACAGUUUUAAACACUACAAUUUUAUGCUUGGGCCCAAGUGACCUUUUGGUAAAAUUAAGAUUAUGUUUUCUAGUCAUGGCAUAUGGAACCACCAUCUUUCACCCUCUACUAUAUGCAUUCACUAGACAGAAAUUUCAAAAAGUUUUGAAAAGCAAAAUGAAAAAACGUGUUGUUUCAAUCGUCGAAGCUGACCCUAUUCCAAAUAAUGCUGUAAUACACAAUUCAUGGAUAGAACCUAAGAGGACCAAGACAAUUACUUUUGAAGACAAUGAAGUAAGACAGAAGUGUUUGGUACCUCAGGUUGUCACAGAUUAG